AUGGAAUGGAGUCAGAAACUUUCUGCUUUUGAGGACCAGGCAAUAACACAAUUAUUAAAGCACAUUUAUUCUGACAGAACUUCAAAAUGUGAAAAGGAUUCUAUGGCUAUUGAAACAAUCCAGAAAUUUAAAGAAGACAAGUUUUUUAGAUGGAAAUUGGUAUUUUCUGUUUUGGAGGGAAAACAAUUAGGAAAAUUGAACAUGAAAAUACUUCAUUGUGCUUGUAUUCUAUUAGGAAAUGAACAAACUUCACAACUUUUUGCUCAAUUUAUUCAUGCUGCCAAAGACGAAAAAGAGUUGACCAAUUUUCUUUCAUUUGCUUUAACUGUUAUUCCUCAUUUAAAUCAAAAUCAACGUGUAAAUUCACUUAGUGUAAUGACUUUAGCUGUUCGUUUUGCUGUUUUGGAUUCAAAGAAAAUAGAAAAUGAAUUGACUGAAUUUUUGGAAGAAAAAAAAGAAAUUGUAGUGGAAAAUGAAAAUAAAAUAAGUUUGGAAAGAAAUUUGUUAAAUAAUUUAUUAAUGAUUGUUAAAUGGAAUGAACAGAGUGAACAAGGAAUGAUUUUGAGAAAUAUUGGUUUAAAUCUUGCUGACAUUCGUGGCUAUCUUCAAGAAGGCCUUCUUAAUUGGAUGUUAGAUUAUACCGAUCUUGUAAGAAAAAUUACUGGGGGGACUUUGAAUGAGGAAGCAGCUCAAGUAUUAAACACAUUCUUUACUUUAAUGCUUUCUGUAGUUCCUCAAGUCCAACUUCCUUUAAAUUUUCAAAAUAAUUUGUUGACUAAAUUGAGUGCUUUAAUUGUUUCAAUGUUAAAAUUUAUUAAAAAAGAAAAAUUGGGGACGUCUUUGGAUGGUGUUGAUUACUUUGCACGUUGCUGUACUAUUGCUGGACGUAUUUUUAUUAAACAAACGGGUGCUGAUCCAACACAAUUGAUGCGUUCUUUAAUGGAUGAAAUUUUUGAGAGUUAUCAAGAAUUGUUUGAUUCUGAUUGCUGUGGAAGUAACGAAUCAAGUCGACAUAUUGGCGCAUUUUUGGAUUAUUCGAAAUUUAAAACGAUUAAUUUUUUAAAUAAAAAUUACGAGCAUUCAAUAUUUCAAGAACUUCGACAGGCUUCUUUAACAGACAGAACAGCAGCAGCUGUAGCCCAUUCUGGCACUUUAAAUCGUAAAAGAUUUUUAGAAAAAUUUGUAGAGAAUAAGGAAGGAAAAGAAGAAGAAAAUGCUGAAAUUAAAAUUAAUCAAAUUAGAAGACUUUUAUUUUUGGAUUUUAUUGAAUGUUUAUGUCUUUCUGCAAGGCCUUCAACGACAAAACCUUCUCCUCCUUCAACAACAGAACAACAAAUGCAACAAUUUUAUGAUUUGGGAAUGUGCAGAUUUUUGGGUCAAUUACUUGUGGAUAGAUUUGCAGGUGAUGGACUUACCUCACAUUUUUGUUGGCAUAGUUGGGAGCAAGAAAGAGAAUUGGUUUCACAAUAUACAAAAAUAACAAAAAUUAUCGACCAACACCCAAUUAUUGUCGAUUUCCUACUUUUAUUAUCAGAACUUGGAUUUACUGGAUUAUGUUCUGUUCUUCCAUUAUUUAAAGCUUUAUUUGUUACAGUUUUGAGUCAAUUAGAAAAUACUCCAUUAAAAACAGAAAAAAUUUCUUUUGCUUUUUUACAAAGGUCGACUCAAUUAAUUGGACUUUUUAUUUGUGCUGACAUUUUCCCUCAAAUUUUGUCAAAUUUUCAAAAAAUCUUAUCUAAUUCAACCAAUUUUGAAGCUUUUGUUUUAAUGAGGGAUUUAUGGGAUUUUUUAAAGUUGUUAAUUCCAACGUGUGAAGAAAUUACUAAAGGAAAAAUGAUUAGUGUUGAAAAUAGGGCUGUUUUGGAGAAGAAAGAAGGGAAACAAUUAAUUUCAUCAAUGGUUUUGGUUAUUCAAAGAAAUAUUUCUUUAUUGGGAGAAUAUUUAUAUCCAAUUUUGGAAUUAAUUGGUGAAAAUGAUGAAAAUAAUUGGGAAAUUGAAAGAGAACAAAAACCAAUUUCUGUUUUGGCUGAGAUUAAAAGAUUUUAAAUUAAAAAUUGUUUGUUUGUCGUUUUUAUCAAAGGUUUUUUUUUAAUUUUUUUAAAACUUUGUUAUAUCAAGCAAGGGUUGGCUCCGUCCCUGAAAGUCGGGAAAUUUGGCGGGGACCAAGAUUAGUCUCUUUGUAGUGACUGGACAUGUGUUAUAUGGACCUAGAGAUUAACCCUUCUUUUCGAAGAUCUCUUGUUUCGAAACAUCAUUGUGCCUAUUUUUUCUGGGCUUUGUGUAAUAGAUUCCAAGAUUCAGCCUAUCUCAAUAAAACCGAAUCUAGGCUCAGAAUUUUUAAAAAAAACUCGAUUUUUAGAUUAUCCUAUUUUUAUGUAUAAUCAAA